AUGUUUCCUUGUCUUCAAGGAAGCUUAUACGCGCACCAGGCGUGUGUGUGGCCUGAAAAGACCAGAUCCGGCCGCACUUUGGCCAGCAACUCCGUCGACAGCUCGCGGGAGAGAGCGUGGUGGUGCGUUUCGUACUUGAAACCCGGGUCGUCAACACGGAAGAGCGGCAGGUGUGUGAGCAACACUACACUGCCAGUCGUUCGCGCUCGAAGGUCCUCAAAGUUGACGCUCUCCAGGAAGCUGCACAAGCAGAACGAGAAGAAAAGAAAAUCCGCCAUCGUAUUCAGCCUCACAAAUGUGUGGCCUCCGAUUUCGUUAAUCCGGUUCGCCUCCCCGAACGUGACUUCGUAG